AUGGGCUCCCGCUGGCUGCUCAUACUGAUGCUGCUUCAGGCAGUUUGGGAAGGUGCUCUGGGAAAAUCUCAUUCACUGCACACUCGAGGAAUCAUCGAAUUGGCUGGAGCUAUAUCAUGUGGCACGGGACGGUCUCCCUUGGCAUAUAUUGGCUAUGGAUGCUACUGUGGACUGGGAGGACGAGGCUGGCCUAAAGAUAAAACAGACUGGUGCUGCCACAUGCACGACUGCUGCUACGACAAGGCAGAGAAGGCAGGCUGCAGCCCCAAGGUGCAGCGCUACCGGUGGGCGUGUGAGCAGAACACCGUGCAGUGCGGUAACCUGACAGACCAGUGUGAAAAAAUGGUGUGCCUGUGUGACCAAGAAGCAGCCAAAUGUUGGGGAGCAGCCCCAUACAACCCACACUUCAUCCUCUGGCCAGACUUUUUAUGUGGACGGACUCAUCCCACCUGCCAUGUCAGAAAUGGGGGGCCAGAAUAGUCUUUUUAGGACCUUUCUUCUAACCCUUUGAAUACAAAGGUGCUGCAAUAAAAUUCUUCCUCCUUUCCCAGAGC